UUUCUCUCUCUCCCCACUUCAUCUUCAUAUAUUCUUCCAAAAGCUUCUUCUUCUGUCUCAAUCUUUCUCUCUCUAAAACCACUCAUUCUCUCUCUGGCUGUAGAUACAGAGCUGAUAUAUAUUCAUGCAUUGAAAGAAAAGAACCUAUUCCAAAGAGAGACAGCAAAAGUAGCUAGCGCAUAGUAAUAAGAUGAGUGACAGAGUUUACCCAGCGGCGAAGCCAACUGCCAACGGCGCCGCCCCGCCUGCAGCCAAUGGCGCCGCCAAUCCGGCAUUCCCGGCGAACAAGGCUCAGCUCUAUAACGCUAACCGUCCAGCAUACCGUCCUCAGCCGCCUCCACGGCGGCGCCGCCACAGCCGCUCUUGCUGCUGCUCCUGCUGUCUCUGCACAACUCUCCUGAUCCUCAUACUUCUCCUCAUCGUGGCCGUUGCCGGCGCCGUGAUUUAUGUCCUCUACCGCCCGCACCGCCCUUCCUUCUCCGUCAACUCUCUCCAGCUAUCCAAAUUCAACCUCACCGACACAUCCCUGACCUCCGCCUUCAACUUCUCCAUCACCGCGCGUAACCCUAAUAAGAAAAUCACCUUCUUCUACGACCAAAUAGCAGUGAAAAUUCUCUCCGGCGACGUCGAUAUCGGCGACGGAUCUAUCCCCGGCUUUACCCACGGCAGGAAAAACGCCACGACUCUGAGAACCGUCAUUUCGAGCUCGAAAGCUCCGUUCCCCGACGGCACCGACAUUUCGCCAUUGAAAUCCAGCUUGAAAAACAGAAAUCUACCGCUGAAGAUCCAAUUGGACACGAAAGUGAAGGUGAAAAUGGGGAAAAUCAAAACGAAGAAGCUCAGAAUCAGAGUCACCUGCGACGGAAUCAAGAUUUCGAUCCCAACCGGCAAAACGGCAACAUCCGCGACGACUUCGAACGUGAAGUGCAAGGUCGAUCCAAGAAUCAAGAUCAUCAAAUGGACAGUUUGAGUGAAAUCCAUGCAGAAGGUGUGAUGAUAUUUCCAAAAAAGAAUACUAUUUCUUCGUUUUUCUUUCUUGUUUCCAAUUUAAUUUGAUUUUUAUUUUCUUGAAUUUGCUUUUUGUUUGGUAUAUGAUUGUUGUUAGGAGGUACUUAGAAUUUUAAGUCUUGAUUGUGAUAUAUACAUAUUUCGGGUA